AUGGCAACUGUGUUUACAUCGCCAGAACCAAUGACAAAUGCCGAGUUUCUUUAUUAUAAAGAACGAGUCGAGCCAAAUAUUAAAUCGAUUCAAUAUUUCAAAAAUUUGAUUCAAGAUAAUGAAAGAAAAACAGUUCGAAAAGUUACACGUGCAAUUUUUUCUGAACAACAAUUAGCUCAAAUGAGUCCAUACGUAGAUGAUUUAACCCAGCGAUUGAAACUGGUUGUCUGGGUUAACUUAGAAAAUAAAUGUAAAUAA